AUGAAAGAAAAGGACAAAACACUACAGUUACAAGUAACACCAACUAUGAAACAAUAUAAACUUCAUAAAUUGGAUAAAGGUCCGCAAACCACCGUAACGUUAACUUCUGAAGAUGCCCUCAAACUUUAUGAAAGGAUGGUAAUAUUGAGAGAAAUGGAAACGGCAGCUGGUAAAAUGUACAGAGAAAAACUAAUUCGUGGCUUUUGUCACUUGUACUUAGGUCAAGAAGCAGUAGCUGUAGGUAUACAUUCAAUGAUGCGAAGCGUCGAUACAGCUAUCACCUCAUACCGUUGUCACGGAUGGACUCAGUUAAUGGGCUGUGGAGUUUUAGGCAUGCUGUCUGAACUCGCCGGUCGUAGAUCCGGGUGUUCUCGUGGCAAAGGCGGCUCAAUGCAUUUAUAUAGUAAGAACUUUUAUGGCGGAAAUGGAAUCGUAGGUGCUCAGAUACCAUUGGGAGCUGGUCUUGCAUUAGCACACAAGUACAAAGGCGAUGGUGGUAUAUGUUUUGUUUUAUACGGAGACGGCGCAGCCAACCAGGGUCAGCUUUAUGAAGCUUUUAACAUAGCUAAACUUUGGAAACUGCCUUGCGUGUUUGUUUGCGAAAAUAAUCUGUACGGCGAGUAA